AUGUGCGGAGGAGACAACUCGUACAAAGAUCAGCAACACCUCAUCGAGCAGGGACUCAUACCUAAUCCGAUGUACCACACCCAUCCCAAUUUGGCUGCAACGCUCCCAGUUGCUGCUCAUCCAGUCAAUUAUGCGGAUCAAUCUCAGGUCUACGCGGGGGCUUGCACCCUCAAUGGCGCGAUCGAUUAUGGCGUCGUCAACUACUCGAACGGCCAUGAUGACAGUAACAACAUUUCGGUGACGAAUGGAGAAACUCUCAAUGGACGUCCCGAUCGUGUCAAGAGGAGCCUGAGUAUCGACUCGGACAAGAACGUUCACGAGGAGCAGCCGAUAGCCCAAGCCCCCGCGAAUCAAUUAGAUAAGCACAAUCAAUUGAAUUUCUCAAGAGAGCAGGUUCUUGUACAACCGAAAAAACGAGGACGUCGGAAGAAAUCGGUCGACCCAAAUGCUCUCGUGAAGUUCGCCGAGGGCAUUCAUGCCGAAGAGGUCACGCGCCGACCCGUCAGGGAGAAACCCUACGAUCCGUGGGCGGAUCGUAAGGCUUCUGGAAAACCCUUCAUUCAAGACGGGCCUUGUUUCGGUCUUCUGGAUGUUUCCUCUAAGAAGUUUGCCAAGUGCAUUUCGUGCCGUUCGAUGACUGACGAGAACAACGAGUGUCGCUUCAACGAAUUCCGGAAGUUACGCUUUGUCGGAGAUAUGGUGCAAGCUGAGGGUUUCACCGAUUCGGACGACGCCACAGAGAGUGACAUUCGAAUAUGGACUACGGUAUUACGCGAAUCUGUGCCAAAUAACCAGAUGAAAUCCGCCCCAAUGGACUUGAAGACGGCGAGAAUGGUAUUGACGAAUGUCGGCGAUAUACUCUGCGGUAUCGUCAAGCAGGAGAUGGAUGUCAUAGAGCAAUUCAAAAGCUUUCUACCGAAGGAUAUGCCCGUCGGCAAACGGAUACGUUGGAAAAAGGUCUACGGCGUCCGAGAGAUGUGCGACGUUUGCUCCACGACUAUUUUCAAUCUCCAUUGGACUUGCGGUCACUGCGGAUUCGUAUCAUGCACAGACUGCUUCAGAAGUCGAAUGGAUAGAAAAGUCAUGGCUAAAAACACCGACCCGAUCAAGGACGAAUUCCGUUGGCUCUUCUGUGGCAACCCGAAAUCGAUGCGUCCACAUGAGCCACGGAGCUUGAUGAUGACUCAGAUCAUUCCCGGCAAUCUCCUCCAGGAGCUCAAUGCGCGCCAGCAUGAGAUUCGCCGGGAAAGGAAUAUUCCUUCAAAAUGCAGCUGUGCUUCGCUUCCCGACUUGGAAUACGAGAAAGCUGUGAAGCGUGCCGUCACCGCUCACAAGUGUGCUAGCAACACGCUGAAAUCAUUACUGCACUCCACUGGGCCUAAACGCACGACCCAUGGUCGCAAUUUAAGAAAAUCCGACCCAACGAAACAAAUCAAAUCAGAAAGCUCGCUCGACUUUCUCGCAGACAUUGCAACACGUCAGGAAAAUAUUGUUUCGCGAGUGAAAGUCGAGGAAACCGAUUCUUCGCAUUCCCAACCGUGGGAUUCAAUCGUAUUCGAUACUGUAAAAAACACAUUAGAAUUGACCCGAAGGCCGUGCCGUUUGCCAGUAUCAAGUAGUCGUCAUCAGGCUCUGGCUCUACGUUUUUCGCACAAAAUGGAAAGCUCCUCGCAAUACACGGCGCCACAUAAGUGGCUGUGUAAAGGCAAACUCCUACUAUUGCUCGAAGCAACCAACAAGUCAAAUGUCGAAUUGUUCCAAGAGCAGUGGAACCGCGGUCAGCCGAUCAUGGUGGCCCACGUAUCUGAGGUUCUAGAUAUGAAUCUUUGGCACCCAGACGCAUUUCUUAGGGAUUUUGGAGAGCAGAAAAGCUCAUUGGUGGAUUGCAAAACGGGCUCCGACCUGGGCAAGUUCAUUCCAAUGAAGAAAUUCUGGGAAGGAUUCGAGUGUUUCGCGAAGCGGAUGAAAGACCGUGACGGCGACCACAUGUUGUUGAAACUCAAAGACUGGCCGCCGGACGAGAACUUCAGUGAAGUUCUUCCCACGCGUUACGCAGACCUCAUGAAGGCUCUCCCUCUCCCAAUGUAUACUCUGCGAGAAGGUGCUUUGAAUCUCGCAAACAGACUGCCAGAUUGUUUCGUUCCCCCGGAUCUCGGCCCGAAAAUGUACAACGCAUACGGAUCCGCACUCUUCCCCACUAAAGGGACCACAAAUUUGCAUCUCGAUAUGAGCGACGCGGCCAACGUCAUGGUUUACGUCGGGAUUCCAAGAGAUGGGAAUUGUCAACGCCAUAUUGAAGAGGCAUUAAACGCUGUGGAAGAAGCUGGCUGCGACGCCAUACAGAUGAAGCGAGUUCGCGAACAAGGUGCCAGAGUGGGUGCCGUGUGGCAUAUAUUCGAUGCGCAAGACGCGGAGCCCAUCCGUCAAUUGCUCCGGAAAGUCACGGUGGAAAAGGGGAACAGAUUAGAAACGAACUCAGACCCUAUCCACGAUCAACUCUGGUAUCUCGAUCGGGAGCUCCGGAAGAGAUUGUGGAAAGAAUAUGGAGUUGAGGGAUACGCGAUCGCUCAGUGUUUGGGCGACACGGUCUUCAUACCCGCGGGGGCCCCCCACCAAGUGCGGAACCUUCACUCUUGUAUUAAAGUGGCCGAGGACUUCGUUUCUCCCGAGAAUCUGGCGCAUUGUCUGAGACUCACGAACGAAUUCCGCUUUCUAUCCGAUUCGCACACGAACCACGAGGAUAAACUCCAGAUCAAAAACGUGGUCUAUCAUGCUGUGAAAGAUGCCGUUUGUUCACUUAUCGGGGGAAGCGAUGCAGUGUCGAGACUGGUCAACGACGAUUGUGACGCUACGUUGUAGAACGCCGUAAUCUGAGAGAUUAAGGCAUUUGUACAUACUGGAGAAUAACGUACAGCUUGAGGAUGCAGAGAUGUGUAAUUAGUGGAUCUAUGUAGCUCCUUCGGUCGCAG